CUCGGAAUACAGGUAACUUAGAGGAAAAAACAACGGCGAUCACACGACACUGACUUCAGCUUCCGGGUGUGGAAGGGAUUUGAUGAUUUUUUGGGGGGUACGUUCAGCAGACCUAAACAUUCUGAAACGCGAACAGCUUUUUAUUACUAUUAUUAUUUUGUUGCUAUUAAGCGUAUUUUAACUUUUACACACAAUGCGCAACUUUUCAAAUCGCUGAAAAUAUUAUCUCGGCGCUUGCUGUGGAAUUUUAAUAUUUUUUUUUUUUUUUUUUUUUUUAAAUGGUCAAAGACGUAGGACCGACGUGUAUAUGCAUGUUUUUGACCCAUGGAGGCUGCCUGGGUUAAUCCAUUAUGAUGUAACAAAGGGAAUUCCCGAGAGAUUUUUUCCUCCCAAUAAAACGGCACCGCAUCCAGCCUGUUAUAAAAAAUAGAGAAACUUGAAAGAAACGUAUGCUCACACGCAAUAGAAAUAAAUUGUCUCCUCAGGUUCAUCACUGCCUGUGCUUCAGGUUUCAGUCAUGAUAACAAGAAGCUGUCAGGAAGAGGAUGGAGCUGGUUGCCCUGGUAACCUGAAGUGUUUUGCUCUUGGCACAGUGGGAGAGAAAGUGUUGCAUUAUUGCUCAGUGUGUUAAUGGGGAAGAUAGUGCAACAACAACCAAGUGUAUUACCAGAAAUGUGGUGCAUAGGAAUGUUCGUGCCAAAGUCUCGUUAAGUAUUCUACAGUCUUUGGUGUGUACAGGGUCAUUAUUUAGUGACUCUGUUUCGCCAGUAGAUGGAGACAAGUGACGGUCUUCAUGAUCGAGUCAUUUAGUCAUUCAUUCAGCACUGAUACAAUGCCACUGUGCUACUUGGAAACACUGCAGUUAGGCAGGUAGGAUGGUCUAUCAUAGCCCUCUGACUGAAGAAUAUGAUUGAAUGGAUUUUAUGAUCCUACGCCUGGCAUAGAUGAUAUAAAUGCAUACAAAUUUAGAACCUAUUGAUUGCUAUUGGAAUGUAAACAGACUUUCAGGCAGCGCAACAAAACCCCAAUCAUCUACACUACAUUAAAAAAAGUUAUUGUAAUUUUUUGUCAUAUUUUUACAGGUUUAACGGAACACAAUGGAAAUAUUUGACCCCUCCGGUUGGCAUUCACGGCAUUAAACGGAGCUGAACGUACUUCACUUCUGGACAAACAUAUGGGGAAGUUCUGUUUUGAGAGAUCUACCGAGUGUUGUACAUGCUGGGGUUCUCCUGAGACGCUGUAUUUUAUGCUUCAUAUUUAUCAUUAAACUUUGAUUAAACUAAGAAACUGGAGAAUGAAAUCCAUGUUUUAACUGGACAUUCCAUAGGCAUGAUGGUAUUUUAUAUAUUUUAUAUCACUGCACACUUAAACCUACCUAACUUUCUGCAUGUUUAGGUCAUAAAACUUCAUCCUGUAUAAUCUCUAUGAGCUCGGGGACCAAAAAUGUCCAAAUAAUGUCAAAAUUUAGUAGUAUUCCCAUCCUCGACAAAGAAUACUAACGUAAUAAAUACCAGGUACACACACACACACACACACACACACACACACACACACAACCAACACUACAUUACAUCUGCAGUACAUUUAGCAAAAACGUGUAUGUAAUGCAUUCUAGAUAAAACUGAGAUAAAGUUCUACUGAUAUUUUGCAGUUAAAUGCUGAUUUUUAAUGGCUAACGUAACAUCAUGAAAAAUCAUUGAUGAGCUGCAGAAUACAUUAAGCAACACAAUGGAGUUUUCUCAUUUAUUUAGACUGACUGAAAUGCAUUUUUUAAAAUAAUUGUCAUGUCUUGUGAGUGUAACACCCGCCAUAAGUCCUGAUGGCCUCUAGUGGCUACCCGCGAAACUGCAUCGCAUCGAGAUUUCGUCCUCACUGAUGGUUCCCAGCGGCCAUGUGUUAAUUAUUUUUCCACACCUAACUUUUCCGCUUUCCUUCAACAAAACGCAAAAACAAAGGCAGUCAUUAGGGAACUUUAUGGUGUUGUGAAACCAGUCUUUACACAGCAGGGAGGAAGAAUGGACCAGUUUUAAUUCUUUAUUACUUAAAGUUAGUGCAUCACAGAAUGUGGGGAGGCUUUGUCACUGUUUUUCUCAGACCGACAAUCACGGUUAUGCAACGCUUGUUUUAGAUAUCCUUGUAGAUCAACAAUAUCCUACUACGCACGGAUAUUAAUUACAGAUGUCGUUUUAAAUAUUAGUGCAAAUGUAAACAUGCACCAAGUGAUUACUUUAAAUAUCCACUGCAGAGGAUACGACAUGUUUUACCAGAACCACAGUCCAGAUGUUGUGAGGAGAGGGGAUGUGAUGGAGUAUUACAGCAACGGAUUCUGCAGAGGCAGCGGUGAAGAAAGGACACUCAAGGUCACGUUGCUUGGAUAUAAGGUCAUAGAGGAAAAGACAAAGUUUACUGUCUACAAGAUCUUAGUGAAGCGUGCACCAGAAGAGAGCUGGCACAUUUUUAGACGAUACACAGACUUCUCUCAGCUACACGACAAGCUCAAGGAGGUGUUUCCUUCGUUUGACUUUGUCCUACCGCCCAAACGUUGGUUCAACAACUUCAGCGCUGAAUUUCUAGACGAGAGACAGCUGGGCCUACAAAACUUUCUACAAAACCUGGUUGCCCAUAAAGAUGUGCGAAAAAGUGAGGCGGUCCGAGAAUUCCUGCGUCUGGAAGACCCACCCUCUGCUUCUGACGAUAUUAGAGAAAGAUGGGCCUACUGCGAGACACUGGGAGCAACCAACUGUUGCCUUCGAAGAGACUUAAUGGACGUUGGGAGAGAGACUGAGUCCCUGAGAAAUGCCUUGCUGCACAAAGAGCUCCAAAUUAGCCAGCCUGAGAGAACAAAGAAAACCCAAGAGGAACUGGACAGAGAGCCCCAAGAAGCUUUAACAGCACAGGAAUAUAAAGCGGAGCGAGACGCCCACAGGAGACCAAAUAAAAGUCCUGAACUGGGGUUCAUAAGGAGUCAUGGAGCAUGCUGGUGCGGAUCAGCAACCGACAGUCCAGAAAAGCACGCUUCCAAGAACCCAAUCAAAUAAAUUAACAGAAAGGAUAUACGAGAGCGCUUUCUUCAAAUCUUCUGUUUGUUCUUAGUAAUAAGAACAGAAAAGCUUUUUUUUUGUUUAAUCUGGAUAUUUCAAAUCCGAUUGAUGCCAGAUAAUGAUUCUCGGAGCACAAACGCUUUUUAAUGAGGUAACUGAAAAGAAAAACGUUUUAAUGACGUUGGUGAGUAAAUGCGUGAUUCUAUAAGGUUUGUUUUGUAGGGAGUUUAUAGGACAGCCGCGUCAAAACCCACACUUUGGACUAUAGCAGCCAAAAAGAAACAUCGCUUUGUACAGUUUUGUACACAAUUGUCUGUUCAUUACCCAGAUUUUUGACUUCUGUUUUGGAUUACUCACAUUUGGGAAUCGGCUUUGAGAUUUGGGUUGCGGAAUAAAUUGCUACGCUUGGAUUCUUCUGAUUCAUCCCCGGACAUGAUCACAAAUGGGUCAUCAAGCCAGGAACCGUAAAGCUUCUUGGAAAAAGAAACCAAACUUCUUGGAAAAAGAAUAAAAAAAUACUUCUAUGUAGUACUUAUCUGGAUGUUUUAUUCAUGCAUGUAUCAUAUGUGGUAGAGAUAUUUUCUGUCACGUGUUUAAUGUAGUGCAGCUGGUUCUGCGCAGCUGGAAUCUGUCUACACAACAUGUCAGUGUUGACCGGCAGGACCUUUCUGGUGAAGCUGGUCAGUUAAGAAGACUGUAGAACUGUCAUAAAGUCAAUAAAGUCAAUUUUUGGUGAAAUGUCUGAUGUAAGCUCUGAGUUUAGAUGCUGCAUGGUUGGUAUCAUGCAGCAUCUAAAUCUCAAUAUGAAAUAGAUUCUGCAGUGACGAUAUAUUUUUGUUUAGCAUUACCCUUGGAACCCAAUAG